UCAAGCCAGCUCUCGCUUUCCUCUCCUCUCCUUCACUCCACCAGGAUAUUUCCUCCUCCUCUUUCCAUAUCCGAACAUAUUCCUGUGUUUCUGCCCUGCUUUUCCUUCAUAUCUCCUGGAAUGUGGCACUCUUUGGCUUUCACUCUAUGUGGGAUCUCCGCUUUGAUCCAAGUUUCAGUGCAAGGUCCAUACCAGCGGACCCUGUUGAAGAACCUCCUAAAGGAUUAUAACCGCAUGGAAAGGCCUGUUGCAAAUGACUCUCAGCCUCUUACUGUCUUUCUGUCUAUGAGCUUGAUACAGAUCAUGGAUGUGGAUGAGAAAAAUCAAGUACUGACCACCAAUAUAUGGCUUAACAUGCACUGGUAUGAUCAUUAUCUGCAGUGGAACCAAUCUGAGUACCCAGGUGUCAAAAACCUUCGCUUCACCACAGACCAAGUGUGGACACCAGACAUCCUGCUUUACAAUAGUGCAGAUGACAAGUUUGACUCUACAUUCAAAUCAAAUGUUGUAGUGAACUCCAGUGGCUACUGCAACUAUCUGCCUCCAGGUAUCUUCAUGAGCACUUGUAACGUGGACGUACGCUGGUUUCCGUUUGACAUCCAGAAGUGCGAGCUUAAAUUCGGCUCGUGGACGUUUGACGGAUGGCUGCUGGAUCUCCAGAUGAAUGAGGCUGAUAUCUCUGGCUACAUGCCCAACGGAGAGUGGGAUCUUGUGGGUGUGCCGGGCACAAGAAACGAGCUGUACUAUGACUGCUGUAAGGAACCCUAUCCAGAUGUGACAUUUGUGGUGACCAUCCGCAGACGGACGCUCUACUACGCCUUAAACCUUCUCAUUCCCUGCGUCCUCCUUUCAUCCAUGACCUUGCUUAUCUUUCUACUGCCUGCCGACUCCGGAGAGAAGAUUUCACUAGGUAUUACUGUGCUACUCUCAUUAACAGUCUUCAUGUUAUUGGUGGCAGAAAUCAUGCCAGCAACCUCAGACUCCAUCCCGCUAAUAGGACAGUAUUUUGCCAGCAUAAUGAUCAUUGUUGGAAUGUCAGUUAUUGCGACGGUGGUUGUGCUCCAGUAUCACCAUCAUGACCCCAACGGAGGGAACAUGCCCAAAUGGGUUCAGCUAGUCCUGCUCCAGUGGGUGGCGUGGUUUUUGCGUAUGAAGCGUCCUGGUGAGAGUGAAGAUCCUGAGCGCCCUCCUUGUGCCCCUCACUUAAGACGUUGCUCUUCGGGUUCCCAAAGCGGCAGCCUCCCAAACGCACCCGGUUCCGCCUCCGCAGACCUCCAUCACCACCACCACACAUCCUCUACGCUACACCCGCUUCACCCCCAAAGCCUCCUCCAAGCCGCGGCGGCAGCCAGCCACACCCACCAUCUCCACAACCAGACCAACAGUGCCAACAACAACGGCAACCUGCUAUACAUCGGGUUUUCCAGUCUCGACGAAGCUUCGCCACCAUCCUUGCUCGCCGAGUCCGUGCAAAGAAACAGCAUGUCGGGCGGCCCACGUCCUGCAGUGGUUUCACCUCCAGGGGUAGGCUCCAGCCCUCCACCUCACCUGCCCUCACAGUUCUGCAGCCCUCCGCCGCCUCCCACUCCCAAUCUGGAAGCCACGGGUUGUCCAAGCACAGUGUCCGGCGGUGGCGGAGGCUGUUCUUGCUCGGGGACCAGCGGCGGAGGAGAUCCACAGCUUCAGGCUAUUUUGGAAGAGGUGCGAUACGUUGCCGAUAGGUUCCGCGGACAGGAUGAGAACGACAGCGUGUCCGAACAGUGGAAGUUUGCUGCAGCCGUAAUCGACCGACUUUGUCUAGUGGCGUUCAGCAUUUUCAACAUCAUCUGCACCAUCUCUAUUCUUAUGUCAGCACCUAACUUUGUGGAGGCAGUUUCCAAGGACUUCAUCUGAUUGCUUUGUUCGAAGAGAACUUGCAUUUGGGAAACUUAUGGGAAAUAAUCAUCUCCCUAAAACAGUGACUUAGCUUUUUUUCCAAGACUGUGUUUGGAAUAAUGCAGAAUCUUGAGGUCUGGAUCGAUAAUGCUUCUGAUUGGACCUGCUCAGACAUCUGAACUGAACUGAUGGUGGUGGAAAGCUAAAGACCUUCACCGCAAGCUGUUUGUAAAUGAUGGAGUUGGUUCGCUAUAUGAUAACAAGUUCGGCUAUGGAAUGAAAGAAAAACUAAACAUAAAAAAGUGAAAAAUUGACCUUUCAACUGUGUCAAACGCCUCAUAAUCCGACAUGAACCUCUGAGGAAUGGCCAGUCGUGUUACUCAAACUUGUGUGACGUUGUACAUCUCACAUCUAGCACAGUGCAAAACUUCUCUAAGAUGUCAAAAUCUAUUUUGGUAACGUUCAUCUACGGGUAGGCGAGGAGAGAGGGAGGGAAGAGCAGAAGAGACAGAGAAAUAUUGAUAAUAGUGGCAGACGUGAGGUGAAUGGCCAGAUCAAAAACUGUCAUCUCAAAAUGAAAAAGGCACUUGUUUCAAGGACAGAUAGGAGAGUUGGAAAACUGCUGGAGGGUUCAGAUAAUGGAGAGAUACAGAAGAAGUGAAAGAUGGAAUACCCCCCCUGUCGUGGACAGAGAUGUAGACCGAUGGAGGGAUUAGGGCCUCACAAGAAGGCGAGGCAAGAGCAAAACAAGGGUAAUGAAAGACAAAAUGAGACAGAGUGUAUUAAAGAAAGAGACACAGUCAGCGCAAAACCGAAAGAAGGAUGGGCUGAAGAAGUGAUUCAGACAAGUGGAUAAGAAAAUGAAAGAGUGAUAGUGGAAUUAGAGAGGGAUAGACAGAAACAGACAGAGAAGGCGGUCAGGGGUAAGUGAGACUCAGCAACAUUUACUGGCAACGGGAAGAAUGGCUUCGCAGCUUGAGAGAAAUAGCGCAUCAUGCCCCAAAAAAGCCAAACAGUGAGUGCAUCCGUCACAAAACAGAUGAGGAGAGAAAAACAUACUGCGGAAGGGAAGUGGGAGAGAGUGUGGGAAGAAAGAGCAAUAAUCCCCUGAGACAUAUUGGAGAAAUGGCACAAAGACAGUGGAGACAUGGGUAGAAUCUUAUAUCUCCUUUCUGCUCUCCCAUCAUCUCUGUGAAAUGACAGACAGUGUGAGGUGUUCUCAAACAGCAGAGAUCAUCUUAUGAAUAUCUAAGUAGGAGCAGAGCCACAACCACAGUAACUGUGCCCUGAUUCUCUACUGUCACUUUAAAAAAAAACAUGGGUUUUUGAGGUAAAUCUCUUUUUCUUGCUCUGUUUUUCCCACUUACACAUACAGUGUCCCACAAAUGUUUGGAAAUGCCUUGGGUAAAGUGGGGAUUUGCACAGUAUCAGCAUAAAUCCUUAUCCUUUUGUGAUGACUGUGCAUUGAUAAGAGACUACACAAACCUUUUAGUAAAUAAAAUAUUAAUGUAUCCAGAAAAUACUUCAGCUGCUGUAACCUGUUUUCUGAUUGGUAUGUUGGUCUGUUAAUCAGUCCUUAAAGUUAUAAAGGUGUGCUGACCCAAUAAUCUUUGAAAAAAAGAAACCUAAGCCAGUUAAAUCUAGUAAUAAGCCAACACAAUCUAACUCUGAUGAGUAUUUUUUUUACAUUAUGUAAUCCAAAAAAAAAAAAAAAAAAAAAAAAUUAUUGAUCUUCAGUAAAAAUUGCUUAAAGUUACUUUAAAGGGUUAGUUCACACAGGAAUGAAAAUUCUGUCAUUAAUUAAACACCCUUAUGUUGUUCCAAAAUCAUAAGACCUUCAUUCAUCUUCAGAACAUAAAUUAAGAUAUUUUUGAUGAAAUCUGAGAGCUUACUGACCCUGCAUAAACAGCAACGCGACUGACAUGUUCCCAGGCCCAGAAAGGUAAUAAGGACAAGUGUUGUGGGUAAUGCAUUAAAAGUAAUGCACAUUACAUAGAUUACUUUUUUUUCAAGUAACUAGCAAGUAAUGCAUACUUUUAAAUUUACAACAAAAUAUCUUUUACUUUUUACUUUUUCAAACAAGUAACACAAGUUUUCCCAUUUAUUGACUGACAGCUCUUCUGUCCCCACAUUGAGAGAAAUGGAAGUAAAUGCAGAGACGUUGUGUGUCCUUUGAAAUCAUGAUGCUUACUGUAGUUCUAGACUAAAUGUGACUGAAGUUACUCAUCUCACUUGCACAAUUUUUUUUUGAAAAACUAUGGCGUAAACCUGCAAUAAAUAAAUAUUAACACAAAUAUACAGGCUGAAAUAUCCAAUUUUAUUAACCAGCUUCUUUGCUGCUGUCCUAUGAUGACCCAAUUCAACCAUACUAAUAAGCAAAAAUACUUUUGAUAAACUAACAUUUGUGUUUCUUUUUUUAAUUGCUGAAGAGUGUUAACCUUUCUUCACCUGCAUUCUACUGUACAGAUGUUAAUUUACAUUUCCUUCAGCCUGAGGUUUAUUCAUUUCACUUUUGGUGUAAAAGGGCUUCUACUAAAUUUGCCAAAAACAGUACUUUUUAUAUUAAAAACAGACAAGCAAGCCCUGCCCAGAUUUAAAAAUUAACGCAAAAGUAACAUACAUUACUUUCCAUAAAAAGUAACUAAGUAAUGUAAUUUAAUGUAAUUUAAAUUGAAUGUAAGUUACUUUUUUAGGGAGUAAUGCAAUAUUGUAAUGCAUUACUUUUAGAAGUAAGGACAUCAAACUUUUUGUGCACAAAGAAAACAAAAAUAACAACUUUAUUCAACAAUUUCCUCUUUUCUGCCACCAUUACCGAGAGUACCGUGACCCAUGCACUGUCUCGGCUUGUUCUGCGUCUGAACGCAUGUGUCAUGGUACUCUCAUAAACUCGCGUUGAGGAUGGACAUGAAAGAAAAGAAAUUGUUAUUUUUGUUUUCUUUGUGCACAAAAAGCAUUGUCGUAGCUUCAUAUGUAAGUACUAUUUUAAUGUUGUCCUUACUACCUUUCCUU